AUGGAGGGGUAUGCUCUGGCGGAUGGCAUCCACGGCGCAGAUUCACCUAGCGGAGCCGGUGGCUGGUCCUCUGGCGCCCCGACUCCCCUAAGUUUCGGGCCCCCAUUGGGGUCAGCGGUGCACCCGCCAUGCACGCCGCUGGCAGCCGUCUCUUCACCCACUUCUAAUAACAGUUUGGGCGCCACAGUGGCGGAUGCGUCACACAUGAUCCAUGUGCCGGGCAGCGCGGCCGAGAAUGUGAGCGCCGAUCUUCAAGCUUCGCUCACUCCGUUGGCGUCUACGUCUGCCUCGGCGGCGCACCGACCGACGUCGCAGGGCCCAUUGCCGGCCGCCUCUUUUCUGGCAUCCCCGUCGCUGGCGAUUACGGGGUGGCGCGGUGGCGGUGCGGGCAACAGGACUGAUGAUCCGAACACGUCCUUCUCUGAUGUCACGACGACGUCUGCCACGGGCACACGCGAGGGCAGGCGCUUCAAAUUCGAUCGCGCGGGCAGGCGCCACAUUACUCGUGUCUUCGACCCAACCGAGGUGCCAGCGCUCAAGUACACGAUAGCGGUUUCUGUAACUCGGGAUGGCAAAGUGGUCGAGGAACAGCUGGACCCAUUUGAGUUGGGUCGUCUGUACGGCCAGAGGCAGGCGGCUCUCCGUAAGCUGCAGAGUCGUUACGACUUCCUUGCCGUGCCAGAGUGGGUGCGGCUGCACCCGCUGCUUGGAACCUAUUUCGCUGAGCUGGUCGGCACCUUUGGGUGGGUGCUCACUUUGGCGCUGGUGAGCGUGCGCAACGAGAGCAUCUUCAACAUCUCUGACGCCACCAACAUGACGCCGCUGCCGAUCGGCUUCAUGUUCACGAGCAUAAUCUUCACCUUCGGCUACAUCUCCGGUUCUCAUUUCAACCCUGCCGUGUCCAUCGCCGUGUUUCUCGUGCGUCAGAUGCAGUUGACCCAGUGCUGUGCCUACAUCCUUUGCCAGCUCGCCGGCGGCCUCGCUGCUGGCGUUGUGGCGAUGAUAAUUCAGGGCAACAAGGACAUCUUUGUGCCGUCGGUGUCGAAUAGCUAUGUCUCCUCCGGUAUUUUCUCGGAGCUCAUCUUUACCUUUGCUAUGUGCCUUGUUGUGCUCAAUAUUGCUUACUCUCGCCAGUCUGGCAACUUCUUCUAUGGCUUUGCCGUCGGUAUGACCAUCUCCGCCGGCUCAGCCAGCGCAGGGCGCAUUUCUGGUGGCGCCUUCAACCCGGCUGCCGCGUCGGGGCUGCAGUUGGCCAUGUGUCUAGCCGGCAGGUGCGACGACCUCAAGUCCAUCUGGGUCUACUGGCUCGCCCCUGUCGUCGGCGCCAUCCUGGCAGCGAUCCUCUUCUCACAGAUGGCGCAGCCAGCCGAGACGCAGGUGCUGGAGGACAGGAAGGUGUUCCAGAAUGUGAACGAGCUGCACCGGCAGCGCAUGGCGGCGCAGGCGGCGAUUACCCGCACCACGGCAGGCACUGCUGCAGUGAGAAGCUGCGCAGGCGGCGAGAACGAAGCGAGGUCGACCUCCUCUUCGACCUCCUCGGAGAGGCAGACAUCGUCGUCCUCGUCGACGUCCUCUGAUCCGCGCGGCGCUCGCGAGAUGACGGAAGUGCCUCACACUCGCACACGGCGGAUGCGCGAGGGGCGUGAUGCCGACGAUGUGCAUGCGAGCACUCAAGACGGCGCAGAGAAGCUGGAUAGCGGGCACAACCGGCUGCCGCCGCAGGUGCCGAGCUGUGGGGAAGUGGAGGUUACCACCACCACAUGGGAGGUGUCGACAUUCAAUCGAUAG